AUGCAGGUCACUCUGAAGACCCUCCAGCAACAGACCUUCAAAAUCGAUAUCGACCCCGAAGAAACGGUGAAAGCAUUAAAGGAGAAAAUUGAAUCUGAAAAGGGAAAAGAUGCUUUUCCGGUAGCAGGCCAAAAAUUAAUUUAUGCAGGCAAAAUCCUCAAUGAUGAUACUGCUCUCAAAGAAUAUAAAAUUGAUGAGAAAAACUUUGUGGUGGUUAUGGUGACAAAACCCAAAGCAGUGACAACACCAGCAUCAGCUGUAACUCAGCAAUCAAAUCCCACCACUACUGCAGUUAGCUCCUCUACAGCAGCAGCUGUGGCACAGGCCCCAGCCCCGGCCCCUGCUUUGGCUCCUAAUUCCACACCUACGUCCAUCACUCCAGCAUCAACAACAGCAUCUUCUGAGCCUGCACCUGCUAGUGCAACUAAACAAGAGAAACCUGCAGAGAAACCUGCAGAAAUACCGGUGACUACUAGUCCAACAUCAACUGACAGUACAUCAGGAGAUUCUUCUCGGUCAAACCUUUUUGAAGAUGCAACAAGUGCACUUGUGACUGGUCAGUCCUAUGAGAAUAUGGUAACUGAAAUCAUGUCAAUGGGCUAUGAACGAGAACAAGUUAUUGCAGCCCUAAGAGCUAGUUUCAACAACCCUGACCGAGCAGUGGAGUAUCUUUUAAUGGGCAUUCCUGGAGAUAGAGAGAGUCAGGCUGUGGUUGACCCUCCUCAGGCAGCUAGUACUGGCGCACCUCAGUCUUCAGCAGUGGCUACAGCCGCAGCAACAACUACAGCAACAACUACAACAACAAGUUCUGGAGGACAUCCCCUUGAAUUUUUACGGAAUCAGCCUCAGUUCCAACAGAUGAGACAAAUUAUUCAACAGAAUCCUUCCCUGCUUCCAGCAUUACUACAACAGAUAGGUCGAGAGAAUCCUCAAUUACUACAGCAAAUUAGCCAACACCAGGAGCAUUUUAUUCAGAUGUUAAAUGAACCAGUUCAAGAAGCUGGUGGUCAAGGAGGAGGAGGGGGUGGAGGUGGCAGUGGAGGAAUUGCAGAAGCUGGAAGUGGUCAUAUGAACUACAUUCAAGUAACGCCUCAGGAAAAAGAAGCUAUAGAAAGGUUAAAGGCAUUAGGAUUUCCUGAAGGACUUGUGAUACAAGCAUAUUUUGCUUGUGAGAAGAAUGAGAAUUUGGCCGCCAAUUUUCUUCUACAACAAAAUUUUGAUGAAGAUUGA